AUGAGUGGCUUUGAGAUUUUACACGUAACAAUGUCUCCACAGAGGUGGCCAGAGCAGGGUUGUGUACUGUUACAGCUGCUGUUGUUGGUGUCCUUCUCCCAGUCUGAGGAGUCAUUGUGCAGACGGAGAGGAGAACCUGAGAUCCCUCAGCUGUCUAAGGAUGGAGACAUCAUGUUGGGGGGAAUCUUCUAUUUUCACAGCAGCUGGAGGAACCAACAGAAUCCUUACACACAUAAACCCCCGCCUCUGGAAUGCAUCAGUUUGAAUUUCAGAGAGUUCCAGUUUGCCCAGGCUAUGCUUUACGCCAUUGAGGAGAUUAACAACAGCACAGAGUUACUUCCUGGUGUUUCUCUGGGAUAUCAUGUUUAUGAUACUUGUGGUUCUGUUGUCAAAAGCAUAAAAGUAGCACUUGCUUUGAUCAAUGGUAAUGACAACGUGCCUUCAUUGUCAGAUGAAGCAUGCACCAGACCUGUCCAAGUGCAGGCUAUAGUGGGAGAAAGCUCUUCCUCUCCCAGUACAGCAGUAGCUACUGCUAUUGGACCAUUUCAUAUCCCACUGAUCAGCCACUUUGCCACAUGUGCUUGUCUCAGUGAUAAAUCUAAAUACCCGUCCUUUUCAAGAACCAUACCCAGUGACUACUAUCAGAGCAGAGCUCUGGCCCACUUAGUUAAACAUUUCGGUUGGACUUGGGUUGGAGCCAUCAGAACCAACGAUGAUUAUGGCAACAACGGCAUGGCAACGUUCACAGAAACAGCUCAGCAGCUCGGCAUCUGUCUGGAAUAUUCUGUUGCUUUCUUCAGGACAGACCCAACAGAAAAAAUACAAAAGAUUAUUGAUAUCAUCAAAGCUUCAACUUCAAAAACGAUUGUUGCUUUUCUCUCUCACAGAGACAUGGAAGUGCUCAUGCGUGAAUCGGCUUUUCAAAACUUGAUUGGGUAUCAGUGGAUUGGUAGUGAGUCUUGGAUCUUUGAUUCUCAAAUUGCAGCUCUGGAUAAACAUCACAUCCUGGAUGGAGCCAUAGGCUUUUCCAUUCCCAAAGCACAAGUCAGUGGGCUCCGACAUUUCAUGCUGAAUGUAAGGCCAUUGAAUUCAUCAAACAAUGGCCUGUUUAAAGAGUUAUGGGAGGCUUUAUUCAGCUGUAAUUUUAAACAAUCCCAAUCAGAAAAGAUCCAGAGAGAAUGUACCGGACAUGAGGAUCUGACUGGAGUGGAAAACGGCUUCACUGACAUGUCUCUGAUGCCCAUAUUUAAUAACGUCUAUAAAGGAGUGUAUGCAGUGGCCCACGCUCUGCACGAUAUCCUCAGAUGUAAUAAAACAUGCAGCACCAGCGUCACGCUAGAUCCAUUAACGAUUCUGCAGCAAAUUCGAAAGACACACUUUAAGACAAGGGAAGGAGAUGAAAUGUAUUUGAAUGAAAAUGGCGAUCCACCAGCAAAGUACCAGAUUAUCAACUGGCAUCCUAAAGAAAAUGGCUCUGUGGACUUUGUAAAUGUUGGUCUUUAUGAUGCAUCUUUACCUGCCGGCAAUGAGCUGAAAUUUCAAAAUGUGUCUUUUAUUUGGGCACAGAAUUCCAAACAGGUUCCUGUAUCAGUUUGCAGCGAGAAGUGUCUCCCAGGAACCCAUAAAGUUCUGCAGAGAGGAAAACCAGUUUGCUGCUAUGACUGUAUGAGAUGUGCAGAGGGAGAAAUGAGCAACAUUACAGAUUCUACCACCUGUCUGAGAUGUCCACCUGAAUCCUGGUCGAAUGAGAGACGAGAUGCUUGUGUGAAAAAAGAAGCAGAGUUUCUGUCAUAUGAGGAAAUUAUGGGAAUACUCCUCACCACAACGUCGUUGUUUGGAACAUGUCUGACUGCUGCUGUAGCUUUCAUUUUCUUCAGAUACAGAAACACUCCUCUAGUCAGAGCAAACAACUCCGAGCUGAGCUUCCUGCUGCUCUUCUCCUUGACUCUGUGUUUCCUCUGCUCUCUGACCUUCAUCGGACGUCCAUCAGAGUGGUCCUGCAUGCUUCGUCACACAGCUUUUGGCAUCACCUUCGUCCUCUGCAUCUCCUGUGUUCUGGGGAAAACCAUGGUGGUCCUAAUGGCCUUUAAAGCUACACUUCCUGGGAGCCAUAUCAGGAAAGUGUUUGGGCCUACACAACAGAGACUCAAUGUUCUGGGCUUCACUCUGAUACAAGUGAUCAUAUGUAUCCUCUGGUUGACCAUUUCUCCUCCUUUUCCAUCACAAAACCUUAAGGAGUUCAAAGAUAAAAUCAUCUUGGAGUGUUCUGUGGGCUCAGCUGUGGGCUUCUGGUCGGUGCUCGGGUACAUUGGACUUCUGGCUAUUUUGUGUUUCGUUUUUGCUUUUCUAGCACGUAAACUGCCUGAUAACUUCAACGAAGCUAAAUUCAUCACCUUCAGCAUGUUGAUAUUCUGUACUGUAUGGAUCACUUUCAUCCCAGCCUAUGUCAGCUCUCCUGGAAAAUUGAGCGUCGCUGUUGAAAUCUUUGCGAUACUAGCUUCUAGUUUUAGUUUACUCAUUUGUAUCUUCAUACCAAAAUGUUACAUCAUGUUACUGAAACCGGAGAGAAAUACAAAGAAGAAUAUGAUGAGGAAAGGAACACAAACCAUUUUAAGAACAAAGUAGAAAAUACAUUUUUAUUUUACU